AACUUUCCCCGGUAAACUCAGAUUAAGUAUUCACUUCCGUUCGCAUCCCUGGAAAAAACCUACAAGUGUGAUCAGUGUCAACGAACCUUCCUCUACAAAAGUGGAUUAAAACGACACAUGCUUUCACAUGCUGCUGUAAAGGCCCAUACAUGUCCCCAGUGUCAACAAUCGUUCUUGACAGUUCAUAGCCUUAAAGCACAUAUCAAGACCCAUUCCGGCAAGAAGCUGUUCUUCUGUGGCAAAUGUGAGAAGGCGUUUGCUCAGAAACUAACCCUUAUUGAGCACAUGAGAUUGCAUGAGGAUACCAGAGCAUAUAAGUGUAGCUACUGUGGAAAAGGUUUCCGUCAGCGUUCCACACUCUGGGGGCACGAGAAGAUACACAAGCGUGAGAAGGUUCACAGAUGCAGCAAAUGUGAGGAACACUUUGGCACAUUGAAAGAACUCAGGAGGCAUGAGAAGAAGCAUUGGGUGGCUACCCAACAACAAAGAGUUGACUUUGCUGGGAAUCCUGUCAAGGAAUCCCCAGAGACUAGACGAUUUGAAUGUGAUCGCUGUGGAGAAGCAUUCACCCAAAAGAUAGUGCUCCAAACACACUACAGGAGGCAUACAGGUGAAAAGCCAUUCGAAUGCGAGGUGUGUGGGAAAAAAUUCAGACAUUUAGCAUCGAACAAGAGACAUGCUUUGAUUCACAAAGGGACAAAGAAGUAUCAUUGUGAUAUUUGUGGGAGAUCAUUCACGAAGAAGUCCUACCUUAAGUGGCAUAUUGCUAAGCCUCACUCCAACUUAGACCACGAAAACAGAGAGAAGGGCUGCAGUAAUAAAGAGAGUUCAAGAGCUACAGGUUGCCUGACUACAGUGAAACAAAAUGAGAAGAUAUGGAAUGAAGAUUCUGAUAGCGUUUUAUCAUUGGAGUCAUUUGGUGGCAGUGAGAUAGAAUUUGAUAAUCCCAUGGUAACGAGUAGUACAGGUGCGAAAGAUAGUCGGUCUGAAGGUGAAGUGAACUCUACCGAUGACACAAGUAAGUUAGAGGAUUUCACGUUGAAGCAGGGAUUGGACAGUAACAGAGAACAAAGUAAACUGGUGGAGAGUCUGACUACCCCACAGGACCCAAGUCCACAGACCAUUGAAGGGACUGGUGUGAUAGUGUCAUUCCAGGAUGUUUGUGAUGUGCCGAUCAACGAGGAAUGCGUCCACACCACCAUGAACGUUCUGGACCAUGUCAUGCAACUGGCUCAGAUUUCCCAAAGAGAUGUCCAAGAAAGUCCGAUUCAGAUUGAAGAUAUUCCUUUAGGUCAGGCAACUCCAGAGGUUGAUAAUAGAAACUUAGUGAAAGAUGCAAAUGAGAAAUCACCAAAGCAAUCCCUUGGUAUACAAAAUUCUCCUGCAGUGAAACCAUUUGUUUGUGAACUCUGUGGACGAAUGUACAGCUCAAAUUCAAGUCUUCUGCGGCACAAGCAGAGUCACCUGAUCUCCAAACCGCACAACUGCCAUUUCUGUGACAAGUCUUACAGCCGAGGACCACUCUUACGAGAGCACAUUCAAUUUGCCCACAGUGGGGAGCACAGGGCUCAUCAGUGCACCUUCUGCGAGAAAUCUUUCCCAAAUGCAACCAGGUUAGAUCUGCAUGUCCGUAUCCACACACAAGAUAAGCCCUUCAAAUGUGCAGUGUGUCAGAAGGGGUUUACAGACUCCAGCAACCUGAGGCGUCAUGAGCGCAGUCACAAGGGGCUGCGAACACACAAGUGUCUUCAGUGUGGGAGGUUGUUCUCUGAGAAGCCCGCCCUUCAGCGUCACCUAGCCAGGCAUCAGGGAGAGAAAAAUUACCAGUGUCAGCACUGUACCAAAUCCUUUGCUUUGAAAGCAGACUUACAGAGUCACAGCAUCCUACACAGAGCUGCCAAGGAAUCAAGAUGCUCUCAGUGUGGGUUGACAUUCAAGCGUCAGAUCAGCUUCAGUCUUCAUCAGGCUUGCACCAAGAAGAGUGCCAGGAAAUGCAGGGUGUGUAGCGUUGGUCUCGUGAAUGAAUGCAGGAGACGCCAGCAUGAACUCGAGGAGCAUAAGUUUCUAAUCAUUGACUCAGGAUUUGCUUGUGGGCAUUGUGGGAAGAGCUUUAAUGGAGUGGGAAAAACUGUAAAUCAUAUUAGAGAGCACUGAGGAAAUGUUACAGAUUUAGACAAUGAUUUGCUGGCUUUUAAUCAAGGCAAGUUGUCAAAUUCUAGGCUGAACUCACUCAACUCAGAGACAGUCCGGAACCAAAGUAAACAUGAGAUCAUUGGCCACUUAUGUUUAAAAAUGAAUGGAAAUAAAUUGAUAAAGAAAAGAAUGUUACUUUUGUUUGUUUUGAUGAUUUCGGCUUCUGACUUUGAUUUAAUUUGUCCCUACUUUGGUACCUGAAUAUGUACAAAUCAACGAACAAUAAACAUUUUGUUCUCUAUAUGACUAGGGUUCAAUGUCAUUAUACUUUUUU